AUGCGUACAUUCCCUUGGAAGCUGCAGGACAGAGAAGUGCACCGCUAUGUGCUUUGAAAACAUCAGUCAUUCCAAUCAGUAGGGCCAAAAGUUAUUUCUUAUUGUACUGGUCACAAUUAUAAACUCAUACCGGUGAACUACCCUAGGACUUGAAUUCAGUCCGAAGUGGAGACGGGAUGGGAACGAUUUGAUGAGCCCAGUAGAGUGUCUGUGAUGAGCAUGCUGUGACCCCCUGUAACCUUCUCCGCAUCUCUGGGGAUGCCGGUGCAGCUAGCAUGAAAGCCCAGCCCCUCUCCAGAUUUAAAGCUGCUGCGUGGUGAUUCUCUGGAGGCAGGGCGAGGCAUCAGGGCCGUAGUGGAGCUGGAGCCGGAGGUGGCCAUGUCUCGGGUCCCCACCCCCCCUCCCCCCGGGGACCUGACGCCCGGACCUGUAGCUGAGAGCUGGUGCUACACACAGGUGAAGGUGGUGAAGUUCUCCUACAUGUGGACCAUCAACAACUUCAGCUUCUGCAGAGAGGAGAUGGGGGAGGUGCUGAAGAGCUCCACCUUCUCAUCCGGACCCAAUGACAAGAUGAAAUGGUGUUUGCGUGUGAACCCCAAAGGGCUAGAUGAGGAGAGUAAAGACUACCUAUCACUGUAUCUACUGCUGGUGAGCUGCCCCAAGAGUGAAGUCCGGGCCAAGUUCAAAUUCUCAUUACUCAACGCCAAACGAGAAGAAACUAAAGCCAUGGAAAGCCAAAGAGCCUACCGCUUCGUGCAGGGCAAGGACUGGGGCUUCAAGAAGUUCAUCAGGCGGGACUUCCUCCUGGAUGAGGCCAACGGGCUCCUACCCGACGACAAGCUCACACUCUUCUGCGAGGUGAGUGUUGUCCAGGAUUCGGUGAACAUCUCUGGCCAGUCCAACGUGAACGUGCUGAAGGUGCCGGAGUGCCAGCUGUCGGAUGACCUGGGGAGCCUGUGGGAGGGGUCACGCUUCACAGACUGCAGCCUGUUUGUAGGGGGGCAGGAGUUUAAAGCACACAAGUCCAUACUAGCAGCGAGGUCUCCAGUAUUCAAUGCCAUGUUUGAACACAAGAUGGAGGAGAGUAAAAAGAACCGCGUGGACAUCAGUGACGUGGAGCCGUGUGUGUUUAAGGAGAUGAUGGCCUUCAUCUACACGGGGAAGGCCCCCAACCUGGACAAGAUGGCCGACAACCUGCUAGCUGCUGCAGACAAGUAUGCAUUGGAGCGUUUAAAAGUCAUGUGUGAGGAGGCCCUGUGUAACAGUCUCUCGGUGGAGAACGUGGCGGACAUCUUGAUUCUGGCAGAUCUGCACAGCGCAGAGCAGCUCAAAGCACAAGCCAUAGACUUCAUCAACAGAUGUAGUGUAUUGAGGCAGCUAGGCUGUAAAGACGGGAAGAACUGGAACAACAGUCACGCGGCGGACAUCAUGGAGACGGCGGGCUGGAAGGCGAUGAUCCAGUCACACCCCCACCUGGUGGCCGAGGCCUUCCGAGCGCUGGCCUCCGCCCAGUGCCCCCCCUUCGGCCUGCCCAGGAAACGCCUAAAACAGUCCUGACCCCCCGCCGCUGAUGAACCCCCAUCACAUCCCUUUAUACUCUCACAGACUGCCGAAAGACACGAGUCCUACCCCCUCCACACACAUGCACACACGCCCUAGCAUCAUGCUCUUACUCCAUGCUUUCACACACAAACACACAAGCUCUCACAUGCACACUUUCACCACUUCCCCGUGUUUGUCAUAGACCAUGAUGCCCUGCUCUCAGCCAGAGAGUGGGGGUGUCAAAGCCUCUUGACAACAUGGCAAUCCGCUUCCACUCUGCUCCUCGGCUCAGGAAAAAAAUGGCGUCUUGGACCGUUGACUCGACUCCACCUGUUAUUUUUUGGUAUGGCCUUAAACUGACAUAACUAUCGCACCCCACCAACUUCACGCCAGCCCCUUCCUGGAUUAGGGAUGGGAAUCGAGAACCUACUCUGUUCUGUGUGUUUCGAUUCCACUAAAUAGUUUUUAUCUAGCGAUUCUCUCAUCGAUUCCAGUAAGCAGAAGGCAUUAUUUCAUUAAAUUUUAGACUUUAUUCCUAACGCAACUUUCUUUUUGCCUACAUCUGGCGCCACUGCUGUGCAUAAUAGAGAUAAAACUCAUGGGCAAAUAAAUGCCUCUUCUCUUGCCUUUCCCUUUUUGCACAUUCCCUCUUUAUAUUCACCAUUCAUAUCUAAAUAUUAUCUGCAUCAAUAUGGUCUUAUUUUGCUGAGCCACACAAAGUCUGCCCGACGUCUGCGAUUUGCAAAUGACUCGUCAGUUAGCUAACUUAUUAUCAUAUAGUAGACAGUACAAACAUGCCAUCGUUAUUGUUUUUAAAGUUUUAAUGGCUGCGUCAUCAGAGUGUAGUACGGCAUGGCCGUGAGGGUAGUCCCCUUCUUCUCCUACGGUCAGUACUGGUGGCAUGGUAAAGUGCAAUGCCACUACCACCAGGGCUGGCCCGGCUGGAGUGUGGAUCAGGUCAUAGGACACCGUGAAUUAAUUAUCCGCCGCAAUUAACGCUGACUGAUAGCUUAAUUUGGCCACAAACUAAACAUUGACAAUCGGACAUCCUCUUUCAACCGAUUUUGCAUCGUUUCCGGUGUCACAUUUUUUUAUCCAUCAUGGCGUCGCACCGACUGCCCAUGCGUGUCCUCAGGCUAUGCCCCUGUACUACACUGUGGUCAAUGCAUUUUCCAGCAUGAGAGCUUUCUUAUCCAUUCUACUUUCUUUGCUAUCAAAAGCCUGAUUAGUUUUUACUCGCUAAAAGCCCUGGACUGCCACACGUGAGGGACAGAGAGGGAGAGUGGACAAUCUUAGAGCGGACAGUGACAGAGAGAGGAGGGGCUUUUGUCACAGAUGCGUGCUGUGUUUCAAAAGUACUUAUUGCCUGUUCAUCUCAAGUGACUAUUUUUUUGUUUCGUGUGUGUAGUAGGCUCAUAGAAAGCCAUAUCAUGGGUUUUUAAGGGUGCAGUUUCAGUUCAAUCGUUGAAUUCCAUGACUUAAAUUCAAGGUUUAAAAAACAUAUCCAGUACAUUUCUGCGAUAGUUUGUGAAUAUACCAAAUAUAUUUCCAGUCUGAAAAAUAUAUUGGCUAAUACAUUUCCAAUUUGGAAGAUUGUGGCAAACAUUUAUAUAUAGAUAAUUAUUGAUAUCUAUAGAUAAUAAUUAAUAUUUCCACAAAUGGUUCACCCUCUGCAAGAAAAAAAACUGUGAUUCCGGAUCUGUGAUCGGUAAUGAUUGGUAAUCAGCAAUCCUGUUUUUUUUUUAAUCUAAUGACAACCGUUCGGGAAUAGAAUCGAUAAAGGAUCGAAAUCGUGAAGCAGAAUCGAUAAUGGAAUCAGAAUAGUAAUAAUCUUGUCUAUUCCCAUCCCUGUCCUUGAUAUCCUGCUUCUUCAGUACACACACGCACACACACAUGCACACACACAGCCCCUACCCCUGACGUUGUCUUGGUCUUCGUGUGUGUGCCCCCGUGCCUGCCUGCCAGGGCUGGCCAACACAGGCCUCUCCAGAUUGCACUAGUAUCCCACAAUGCAGUAGUUGGACAGAAAGAGGACGAAGAAGAAAACAUGACUGUGUGGCGGUGCGUUUUGGACUUUUGCCGCACGUCACACGUCAGUCAAAGUGUCAGGAAUUAAUUAAGUGGGAAAAUGUCGCCCAUCUUGAGCUGUUGACUCCCUCUCCCUCCCUUCUCCUCCCCUGCUCUCCUCUCCUCCUCCUCCUCUCCUCUCUCAUUCUAUACUCCCCUUUCCGCUCCUCCCCCUCUCUACUCCCCUGUUUACCUGUCCUCUCCUCUCCCCAUCUUCUCUUAUUGGUGGAGUAUCAGACGUGAAGGGGACAGGGGUGUGACUUGUCACGUUGUGAGUUUCCCUCCUGUCUCUCUGGACCAGUCUCAAGUGGUGAUGCUGCUCAUCUUGAAACCGACAAAACAAAAGAAAAAAAGAACUUCCACAGUGGUAACCCCAUGAAAGGGAAACACUCACUGAGGACCUCCAGUUCAUUUUUUGUUUUCUUUUUUUAAUGAAAAUGUGAUGUAUUACAAGUGUAUGUAAUUAUGGAUAUUACACAGAAAAAAAGAAUCCUGAGAUGUCUGUAUUUUGCACCUCCUCCUUAACUAUUGGGUAAAUAUGAAGAUUUGUUUACCAACUUCUCUUUUUUUGUUUACAAAAAGUUUGUGUUAAUGUCCUAUUGCAUUCUUUCUGAACUAUGGUCUUCUCAUUUCUGUUCAAUUCUGCUUUGCUUAAUUGAUCAAACGGCUGAGUUUCUUUGUCUUUUCGGAUAAAAAGCUGUAUCGUGGUUUAUGAAUUAAUGAAUUAUGAUUUCAUGCUUUGAAAUUAAAAUGCAGGA